CUAAUAACUAAAGAAUAUUGCGUGACUAACUGUCGAGUGUCGUCUUGUGCACAUGGCAAAUUAUCUCCUUGAGGACUGCUUACAGUGAAUUUUAUUUUUGUAUGAAACGAUAAAAAUUCAUUCCCAUUUUUAAAAAGACUUCACCAUAGGAUAGUAUGCUACAUUUUUAGGAAAAGUUCUUGGAAAUAAUGUGGAAAAAGAAAGAUAGCGACGAAAAGAGUUCACAUAUACAACGAUUUUUCUCGUAAAAUCUGGCAAUGAUUAACGUGCACAGCUACUAUAUGUCAUUUCCUGUUCAAUUUGAUACACUCAAGUUAUCGCGCACAAGUUUCUCCUUAAGCCGAUCGCAAGGGCACUUUCCGAUUUACAUGACAGCUACAGCAUCCUAAAAUUUACCAAAGAAAGCAAACGAUCCGGACUUUUAGACGGCAAAUUCAAACGGGUCGUGAUGUUCUCAGAGAUCGUUUGCCGAGAAUGGAAUUCUAUUCGUGUGAGGUUCUGGAGUAUUGGUUACAAAAAGCGGCUUUCUCUUCUGAUUCUUCUGCUCUUACUUCUGGGAUGUUUUCUAGUCUGGUCUUCGCUUAUGGUGGAUUUAUCUGACCUGAAAUUUACGCAAGAGAAAGACGAUGGUGUUAAUGACAGUAGCGUAUGGGAUAAAUGGGUUAUCGCAAACGGACUGCGAGCCAUUGGAGACAUCUACGAUAGCUGUGGUGAGUUUUUUGUUAGACAGAAUUUUCUGGUCAAAAUCAGUUUUUCAGUCAAUAAAUGUUGUUUGGAGAAGAUAGAUGAGACACUUUGGAUCGCUCCUAUUGAAAAUCGAAAUUCUCACGCACAAAAGUUGGUUAAAUAAAUUUGCGGGCGUAAAUUGUAGGAGCAUUGAUAUAAAAGCCAUAAGUAUGGAGGGAGGGAUGAAAUCUUGCUCUCUUAUUUAACACUAUAGGAGAUAUCUGUUGAUAAGGUUUUAAUUUACAGCAGGAUACAGUUAGGAAACAAAGCAUAAGAACCCCUAUCUUUCCGAUUAUUUUUUCAUCGUCUCCCGAAAACAGGAAAAUGUGUUGACGUGUAAAAAUUUACCUCUAGUGUGCCCCGUACCCACGCAAUCUCUUACCGCGAACCAAAUGUCAAGAAGCGGCCUCUGUUGAAGUUAUUAUGAGUUGCUCCACCUAAGAAUCGUAACUAUUCUUAUCUUCUGUCUUUUUUAUUGAAAGCGGAAGGAAAGAUUAUGACGUGGGUUUCUCUUUCAAAAAGUUAAUAACCACGAAAGUGGGUUUGUAAGGUCAUUAUAAAUAAACCUGAAAAUCGAAUUUUUAGCACAAAGGUCAAUGUUAGGGUUCAAGAUUACACUAUCUCGUUGUCACGCAAAACGGCAGAAACCGGAAAUUACAGUGUAACGCCCAGUCGAAUACUAUUUAUGGGGGAGGGGAGAGACAGGGUAUUAGUGGACUUGGUUGGUGGUAGCCUGGGCAGCAGUUCUCUGGGUUCUCAAUGCAGAGAAGGAUUUACUGGCUUUGGAAGAUAUGCAAAAGAACAUCUUUAUGUUAGCCACAGAAAUGCAGAAAUUAAUAGAACUGGGAGUGAAAAGAAAAGAGAGACAUAUAUUUAAGUCAUUCAACCCUUGCCGUCUGAAAAUUGCGACACUUCUUCUCUUAAACGUCCAUACUGAAUUGGAGAAAGACUCUGCUGUAAUUGAUAUGUAGUGCAAUUGUAUUCAAACCAAAUGCCACGUCGGCUGUGUUGUUUUGAUUUGCAGAUCACAAUGAGGUGAGGAAAAAGAUCGGAAAGAUUAUCAUUCAUUAUGACCCAACGGAGAGGAGAGUAAUAGGAACAGCAGUUGCGAAUUUUACAGCAAGUAAAGUGAAGUCUUUUACUAAUACUUGUUUAUCUGGGGUGAAAUGAGUUGAAAACUUGUAUGAAUCUACCUAUAAAAGAUCUCAUGUACAGGGUGUUAUGGGUAUUUUUACUGCUAUUAUAACAAUAGCUAUUAUCUAUCUUUAUAUUGUGAUGAUUUUUACUAUUUUACUGUUAUUAAUAUUAUUAUUAUGAUUAUCAUUAUUAUUGAUAAACCUACCCCCUUGUCUCUAUGGGACUGAAGGGCCUUAAAUUCUGGUAACAAAAUGAUUCUCAAAGGUGAAUUACAAUUUAAAAAAUGAAGUAAAAAAAGCCUGAAAGAGAAAAAAAGGAAAAAAAUUCAGGCUUUUUACAGGAUUUGAAUAAAUUCCUCCUUGAUUAGGGGGUCAUUAAAGCCACAUGUUAGGUGCAAGACAAAUUUUACAAAGUUCUUUGUUCCUACAAAGGAGUGUGCUGACAGGUACUUGAAAUCAAUCUUACUUUGACCUGCAGAUGAUAUACAACCAAAAAAAAUCUAUGUGUACUAUUUCUUUCAUUGCAAUUGACCAGUGAGGAUCAUUUUCUCACUUGUAUAUCAUCCUUAGGUUAAAUUAUUCUUAGCCCUUUAACUCCAAAGAUCUUAUUGUUAAUUCUCUCCUCCAGCCUGUUACACAUUUCCUUGUAAAUUAGUUAUGAGAGCUUGUUAUUUUUGUUCUUGUGUUUGUGGUUGUAUAGCCAAUGCAGAUUGAUGUAGUCAAUCCAACUAUAGUUUUUCUUAUUGUUCCCACAGAAGUCAGCUUGAAAGGUGGUGUAGUGCAUGUAGUGGCUCAAUUUGAAGGCAGAACCCUGUAUGAUGUCAAACACAAUGUCUGCAAAAUAGAAGCUGCAACAUUUGGUUGUCCAAUGCAUGAAGGUGAGUGAGUGCUUUAUUCUCACCAGCAGUAAGGCUUUGUGGGUAAAUCUCAAUGAACUCAGAUCUCAUUCCAGUUCAUGCUUAGUGAAUCACUUAAGCUCAUUACAGCCUCUACUAAUGUAUUUUCUACAACAGCUUAAAGUGGAAGAGUUUAAAUCAAUCAGAGGAAAUAAAUCUUUAAAGAUGACAAGUCUUUCCUGAAACCUCCGAUUUCAGAAGGGAGGGUAUUGGAGGGGAGGUUGAGAACAAGUAGAUUAGUCAGUGGUCAAAUCUUGAAGGAUAAUAACUGUUCCAGCCUUUCUCGUUCCUGAUCUUUGUUUUUAUUUGUUAUUUCAGGUCAGGAAUUGAGUAUUUAUGAACCAUUUAAACUACCAAGACGCAUUCCAAAGGUAUAUAAAAUUCUCCUAUUUUUACAGGGCCACUACUCUUGACAAAGUCAUUUAACAAGUUUUAUCAAUAAAAUUAUAGGAAAAGAACAAUGAUUCCAAUAGAAUCAAAGGACAAAAGAAUGCAAAGAUUACUAGGAGUUUAGAUUAAAUUCAUCACUCCUCUCAAGUAAUCAUAUUUGUCAGUUCUGUGUAAAUAAGUCAGUAACAGUAGUAGCCUGUUAUAGGCAUUAGUAAAACAGUGAACUAGUAAAAGGCACAAGAGUAGAAAAAAAGUGAGAGUUGGGUGGCACCAGAACAGUAGUUACACAAUAAGUUCCCAGAAAGUUUUCUUUUGAUAAUGUUUGGACUCACUUUCAAACAGACAGGCUAUCAAAAUUGAGAAUUUUAUCAUAUAGGGGAUGUGGUUUGGGUGUAACAACAAAUUUUCAGAACUAACUAACAAGGAAUAGAGAAAAGAAGAGCUAGCCUGCCUAGCUGGCAUCAAGUGGCUUGUAGUGCUGGCAUCAAGUGGCUUGUAGUGCUGGCAUCAAGUGGCUUGUAGUGCUGGCAUCAAGUGGCUUGUAGUGCUGGCAUCAAGUGGCUUGUAGUGCUGGCAUCAAGUGGCUUGUAGUGCUGGCAUCAAGUGGCUUGUAGUGCUGGCAUCAAGUGGCUUGUAGUGCUGGCAUCAAGUGGCUUGUAGUGCUGGCAUCAAGUGGCUUGUAGUGCUGGCAUCAAGUGGCUUGUAGUGCUGGCAUCAAGUGGCUUGUAGUGCUGGCAUCAAGUGGCUUGUAGUGCUGGCAUCAAGUGGCUUGUAGUGCUGGCAUCAAGUGGCUUGUAGUGCUGGCAUCAAGUGGCUUGUAGUGCUGGCAUCAAGUGGCUUGUAGUGCUGGCAUCAGUUACUUUGCAUUUUUCAGGCCAUGAAGGUAAGUGCAAGUCAAGUGCAAGUGGAGGAGCACAAAAAAAGAACUAACUCUUUGCACUUGCCUCAGGAUGGAAAAUAAUCAUAAUAUCUUUCCCCUUCUCAAGAGCUGUAGGUUCUAAAAUCUUUGUGAUUCAACUUGCUAAUAAAGUUUCUUUUUUCUUUCAGGGUAACUACUUUGCAACUGCAAAGCUGAUAAAUGAGGAUGGAAUUUGCCUUGGCAUGACAGAAUCCAACAUAAAUCUAUGA